AUGUUCAAUAUUUGUCAAGUGUUUGGUCUAAAAUCUAUGUUAAAAGAUGAACAUUUACAAAACCAGAUAAUUUAAUAGGAAUAUGAACACCACUCACAGGAAUACCCAUUAACUAAGAUAAAUACUCAUUAAUUCAUUCAAGGUAUGUGUAUUAUCACUAUGAUUUUAGCUUCAUAAAUACAAUAUCUAAUAAUUUGCAGCUAAGUUUACAGUGAUAUUAAAUAUAUAGCAAUAAUUAACUGCAAUUAUCCUUGA